CCGAAAACCACACCAGCCAUGAGAGCGGUACUGAGCUUCUUUGUCCUGCUGGCAACCAUCUACACCGUCUUUGUGUCGGUCAAUGCCAUCUCCUGCAAGUAUGGUGAGGAGUACAAGUGCAUCAACAAGCUCUGUGAGACAACGUGCGCCAACAAAAACAACACGGAGCCUUGCAACCUACCCUGCACACCCGGAUGUUACUGCUCCAAAAAAUACGCGCGCAUUUCGUACGAUCGCUGCAAGCCCGACUUCUACUGUGAAUACAAGGAUGGUGUAUAAAGGGCGUGCUGCUGAUGCCGUCGUGAUCGUCAUAAACGCAACAACGAAAGGGGGCCAAUUCUAAUUCAUGAAAUCAAUCAAUAAAACCCGUCAGGUGACACGCCGAAGGUGUGAUCGUGGCCGACGGAUUGCAA